AGCACCUAAAGGCAACACCCGUCUACUCUGUUGAGGGCUGGACGUGCACGCGAUAAAGCUCCAGCGCAUGCCAUCAGUGUUAUUGCUGAGGAGUUGCGCACAAGUUAAGGGCUGUAAGGACAGACAGACUCCCUGCUUGGACACACGAGCUUAAACCCAAUAUCCUUUCAGCUGAUCGUCCACGCCAGAAGGAUUCCACUUUCUCCAACACUCAACAACGCCGACAUGCCGUCUCUGCGUCACUCCUACACGGUGACAUUACCGGAGGAUUUCCCCAUCGACAAGCCGGAGCUGCGGCGUAAGAGCCCGCCACUGUCCCGGUCCAUGCUGAUGUCAACGUUCAUGGGUCUGAUAAUUAACCCAGUCAAGAACAAGAAUCUUCAGGGAUUAGUGGGUUUAAAAAACCUGGGAAACACAUGUUUUAUGAACUCUAUCCUGCAGUGUUUGAGCAACACAGCAGAGCUGAAAGACUACUGCCUGAGGAACAUCCACCGCACAGACCUCCACAACAGCAAGACAAAGUCCGCUCUCAUGGAAGAGUUCGCCAGACUGACUCAGAGUCUGUGGACAUCCGUGAACAACGAUGCCAUUAGUCCCUCUGAUUUCAGAAGCCAGAUCCAGAGAUUUGCUCCAAAAUUUGUCGGCUGCAAUCAGCAGGAUGCUCAGGAGUUUCUGCGCUUCUUACUGGAUGGCCUCCAUAACGAAGUGAACAGAGUGACGAUACGCCCAAAGGAGUCUGUGGAGGACUUUGACCACCUCACGGAUGCUGAAAAAGGCAGGCAGAUGUGGAAUCUGUACUUGCAGAGGGAGGAUAGCAAAGUUGUUGACCUCUUUGCGGGGCAACUGAAAAGCUGUUUGACGUGCACCACCUGUGGCUUCCACUCUGCUAUGUUUGAUCCAUUUUGGGACCUCUCCAUACCCAUUGCACAGAGAAGCUCACAGGAAGUAACCCUUAAAGACUGCCUGAGACUCUUUACAAAAGAAGAUGUUCUGGAUGGAGAGGAGAGACCGAAAUGUGACAGAUGCAAAGUCAGACGAAAAUUCACCAAGAGGUUCACCAUCCAGAAGUUUCCUCAGAUCCUUGUACUCCAUCUGAAACGCUUCACAGACUCUAAUAUCCGAUCUAGCAAACUCUCCACUUUUGUCAACUUUCCUCUCAAAGAUCUGGACUUACGGGAGUUUGCUGCGGAGGGCAGUGAUUGCCCAGUGUAUAACCUGUACGCUGUAUCCAACCACACUGGAAACACCCUGGGAGGCCAUUACACAGCUUACUGCAAGAACCUGGUUCUGGGGGAGUGGUACAGCUACAAUGACUCAAGGGUGAGCCCCAUCACUUCAAGCCAAGUUCGCAGCUGCAAUGCCUACGUCCUGUUCUAUGAGCUGGCCAACCCCUCACACCCGAAGUAUCAGAUGUGUCGGUUGUAGACACGGUGGACUGCAAAAGAAAAGGUGUUUUUAACAGAGUCUGAAUUUGAAAUUUGGACACUGCCUAUAGGGAGACAGGCCCACCAAGUGGAGAGUCCUGCCAUUAGAAAGCGUGAAUAUGGAAAAAGAGCACCCUCUGUCUUUCAUCCUGGUGAUUUGAAAAAUUCAGCCUCUAGCACAACAGUAAGAGAACUUUUCACUCUGAAACAGUGAAUUCAAAACAAAAAAAGAGAUGUAUACCUUCUCUUAUCAGAUGUUUGUAUUUAUUUCUCAUUAUGUCACAUUAGUGUGCAAAUAACUGCCUUAAAAAUGGAAAUUGUAUAAUUUAUUGUAUUUAAAAUGAUGUCAGCUCUUCAGGAUUGCAUUCAGUGUGUAAUUUAACAAAGCCAUGCUUCCUUACAUUUUAUGACAAAGAACAUUUUAUUUUCGUAUCGUAUUUAUGAACAGUAGCAGAGAGUAAUGUGGAAAAUUGAUACCAAAGCAGCUGUGUGAAUGUACAAAUACUUCUUGGAGAUAAGAUGUGUCUGACUUUGCAUCUAUUUCACUUAAGUCAGUAAAUCAAUUAAAUUAAUCUUUUAUACUCACAAUAUGUUUGUAUUUAAGCACUAUUUGUCCCGACGGAGUAAAAAGGCUUGAAACCAAAAAGUAUUUAUCACAACCAUUUGGCCUGAGCUAGUACAGUUUCAGAUGGAACACUACUGUGGAAGUUAUAAUCUUCAACAAAUGUUCUGAAAACUUAAUAUCUUCUCGUUUAAGUUAGUUGUUGGAGUUCAUAUCAAACACAUCCAGUUUAGUUAAAGCAAUAUAUAUAUGUAAAAAAUAUGUAUGUAAAAACGUAUUUUUGGUCUUUCUAAAUCAAUUGCUUCCUCAAGACUUUUUGGUGUCCCAGAAAACAAAAUGUAGUUUGUUUGUUUUUUGGAUGUUUCUACAGUUAUUUGAAUUAGUCAUAUGUUUACAAGUUUCUUUAUAGUUUUAGGUGUUGUUUAAGCAGGUGGUUUGACAGAAGUGAUCAAAUGGAAGUAGCUCUUACAGUACAACAGUCCCAAAAGGUUUGUUAAACCCUUCUUCAAACUAUUUGGAGUCCAUAGUGCUACAGAGUCAAAGAUUAUUUACAAGUGGGAACUUCCAAGACUUGUCAGAAUUCAAAGGAGUAGAUUUCCCAGCAAGUUCAUCAGAUAAUCCUCCAUGACAAAUUCAAAAGCUACAUCUCAGACUCUACAAGCCUUAGUGUAUUAAAUGUUUGCGUAUUGUCUGCAGCUUAAACGGAUGUAUAAAUUGUUCAAAGCAAAAACAUUUAAGAAAAACACAUUCCUAAGUUAGAGCAUCAAUGAGAAGCUGAAGGGAUAUGGAUAAACUAUAUUCUGGUGAUAUGCGUAUGGAUUUUGGCUUUGUUUUGCAACCGCAGGACCUGGACAUCUUGCUCUCUGGUCUGACAGCUAAAGCUUGCUCAGAUGGCAAAACAGUAUUUUUUUUAAGACUCAGCCUCAAAUCUACAACAGAAUGUAUGAAAAAGAAAAUAUUUAAGGUCCUGCAAUGGCACAGUUAAAGUCCAGACCCCAACCUCAAUGAAAAGCUGUGUCUGGGCCUUAAGAGAGCUGUGCGGAAACUAAUGCUACAAGCACUGAUGAACUGAAUAAAAGUUGUAAAGAAGAGUAUGCUUUACCCAAUGCAUUGUUAAAAUAUCUAACUUCACUUUUUUGGGAUAAAUAAAGUCUAAUUGAACAAAAUUCAAUACACUUAUACACAGGAUUUGAAAAAAUGUGUUGUACAUAUCCAGGCUGUUCCCUCAUUGUACAUUGAAUUUGUUUGAUUUUUUUCUUAGUUUUUCCUUUCUGCAUCUACUGUACAUGGUGGAAGAUAUGUAAUGAGACAGUGUUAUAAAUUAUGCCGUUGGAUAAUUACUAAACUAAUUUAGUUUUUUUAUUCUUCGUGCCCACUCAAACUGUUAUCUGAAGAAAAAAACACAAUUAUAUUUAACUAAAUAAAAAUAAAAUAAAGUCAUUUAUUAAGUAUGGAACAUCUUUAAAUGUCAUAUUCCAUCCAUCCAUCCAUCCAUCCAUUUUAUGUACCGCUUAUGCCCAAUGGGGACUGGAGCUUAUCGCAGCUGGCAACAGGCGAGAGGCAGAAUACACCCUGGACAGUAUGUCUUAUUAAUUUAUCAAUAUUAUUUGAUAUGUAGUGUGAAUUCCUCUACCAUUACUAAUUAUAAUGGGGAAGAUCAGUGAGGGUUAGCAACGUCGCCUCACAGCAAGAGGGUUCUGGGUUCAAGUCCCAGGGGGAACCAGGACCUUUUUGUGUGAAGUUUGCAUAUUCUCCCUGUGCAUGUGUCUGUGUCUGCAUGGGUUCCCUCCGGGUACCCCUGCUUCUUCCCACCAUCCAAAAACCUGCUUGUUAUGUUGAUGAGACAUUCCAAAUUAGGAGUGGAUGUGAUUUUGUGUGAUUGUUUGUACUUGUGUGUCUCUAUGUAGCCCUGCCAUAGACUUGCAGUGUACCCCGCCUCUCGCCCAGUGUAUGCUGGGAUAGGCUCCAGCCCUCCUGCAACCCCGUUGGGCAUAAGAAAAUGGAUGGACAGAUUGAAGAGUGCUCUACUAGUAAUGAACCUUUUGGAUGGAUUCUACAUUUUGGGUUAAUGAAGUUGCACCAUGUUGUGAUAAAAAUAAUGCCACCGAAAUUAUUGUGUAGACAUGUUGGGGAGUUGUGCUUGUUGCCUUUAAGCGGAAAGAACAUAAAAUAAACAGAGUU